GGCUGAAAAAGGUGAUCAGGCGGCCUCUUCCGCCUAUAAUAUACUUGGUAUACCCAGUCGGCAGGGCGGUAGAUGGAGCUAGAAGACUGCCGAUGGGAGAAAGUUUAGCCGCGGGAACGAGACUCGGUAAUGCGUGCCUUAUCAGAUCAACCUUAAUAAGGCUGGUGGGAUCUACCUUGCGCUGCUAUCUUCGCAGUCAAGCAUUAUGGCAGAUAAGAUAGAGGUGGAGUUGUCCGACCGUGGAGGGCCGAUGAUCGAGCGAGAUGCCCGGGGAUCCUUGCCGAAGGAUGAUGAGUCUUCCCCAAGCAAGAACAAUGACCCCGUCCCUGAGCCGGUUUAUUCGCAAUGGCACUAUGUAUCGGUGGUUGCAGCUGGGUUCGUCGUCAUGAUUACGACCUGCGCUUUUGUCUUCUCCUUUGGUGUUUAUCAGUCCCUCUACGAGGAGAUGGCCCGCGAACCGAAUACCCCGUUUACUGGCAGUACCACCGCGCUCAUCGACUUGAUUGGUACACUUGCUAUCGCUCUCAUGUCUAUGGCUGGACCAUUUGCGAUGUCCUGGGCGAAGCUCUUUUCGCCGCAAGCCGUGAUAAUCGCCGGCGGCUGGGUCUUUGGCAUCGCCUAUAUCCUCGCUAGUUUUAGCAAGGAACUGUGGCACUUUGCCCUGACUCAGGGCCUGCUUCUGGGCAUCGGAACCUGCAUGGCCUAUGUGCCCACCAUGGCUGUCGCCCCGACAUGGUUCAGCAAGCGUCGCGGACUCGCCAUGGGUGUCAUCAUCUCAGGGACCGGGGUGGGAGGAAUGAUCUGGCCGCCUGCGCUGCGGGCCAUGAUCUCCCACGUUGGAUUCCGUAAUGCGUUGCGCAUAUCAGGAUGCAUCUCGUUGACCACGGUGACGGCUGCGGGAGCGAUCCUUCGAUGGGAGCCCAAGUUUCACGAACAAGUCAAGCUCCAGGCAGCUGGAUCCAGCACACGAUCCAAGCCUAAAUGGACUCGACUGUUCUCCGUCCCGCUGGUCAACUGGCGCGUCGCCCGGUCUAAACGAUUUGUUGCGCAAGCAUUGGGAUGUUUCUUGCAAUCGGCUGGCUAUUCGACGCCGCUGUUCUUCUACGCUGCAUACGCCCAAGCUCUCGGGUACAGCGCCACGACGGCCGCCAACUUUAUCACGCUGAGCAACGCAUCCAACUUUGUUUCGAGGAUCGUCAUCGGGUAUGCGGCGGACAAGCUGGGCCGGAUCAACGCGCUCGCCGUGACGACAAUGCUGAGUGCUGUGGCUGUCUUCGCUUUCUGGCUGCCCUCAUCGCUGGUAUCGAGUGCUGCAGCUCAUGGGCUAUUCAUUGUGUUCACCAUCCUUUAUGGUGCAUUUGCCAGCGCGUACAUCUCGCUCUUCCCCGCAUCGCUGGUGGAGCUCUUUGGGGUACAGCACUUUACUAGCGUGAAUGGGGCAUUGUAUCUCGUGCGGGGGAUCGGGGCGUUGCUUGGCACGCCGUUGACGGGGCUGCUGAUUCCACGAGGGACAGCUCUGACCGAGUCAGGGACGUACGAACGAGCUGCCAUCACAGUGGGGGUGUUGUUAUUUGCCGCCACGGUGGCGAGUUUCUGGGUGCGAGCAGAGGUCCGGGGGAAGUGGAGGGUGUAGCUGAUACGAUUAACUGAGAAAAAAUAUAAGCAACAUGUAGUCAUUAAUAUAAUACAGCAUAACAUCCGAAAGACCCAGCCCCAGCCCCAGCCCCAGCACCAUCACCUCCAACCAUAUCACCAUCCAUCCCAUCCAUCCCCCAUCCCUUAUCC